AUGGAUAUUCCUCAGGCAGGAAUCACCAAUGCUAAGGAGAAACGAGGUCGCGGACGUCCUCGUUUGUAUGCCACAGCCGAUGAGCGCCAGGCGGCUAAUACACAGCAACAGCGCAAUCGUCGGGAAAAGCUCAGAGUAGAGAUCGACCCUGUAUCGGACUCCCUAACUACGGGAACCCAAUCUGCCACUCAUUCAGCCAGAUCCCACAAGGUGAAGCGGGCAAUCAAACAAGCUUCACUUAUGCAUUUAGGCAUGGUACGAACACACGAUGAGUUCAACCCACUCUCAGCUAUGGAACGUUGGCCCCCUAUUGGGGAGGACCCAGGGUGCCAACACUGCGGUGUCGAUUUAAACGAGUAUACAAACCUGGAAUCGAGAUGCAAGGAGUUGGAGGACGAGCUUCAGAAGCUUCGAGCCGAAGCUUCGAUGAGUGCCAACAAGACUCAGUGA